UCCAAAGAGUAGCCGAGUCUCGGCCCGCUUUUCUCAAGGUGGUGCUCCGCCUCUGCUGGCGUCACGCGGGAGCCAGCGGCCUCCGUCCCCCGCCUCUGCCGCGGUUACUUCCCGCUUCUGGCCCUCAUAAGAUGGCGGUCGGGUCGCCUCCCCGCGGCGGAGCCGCCACUCUCAACAUGGGAGCUGUUUACGCCGUAUCUCUCUUCCCGUCUCCUCAACUUCCUCGUUGUUUUGAAUAAACUUUAUUGACUACUACUAAUUGCAUAACACCGCCACCGGGCUUUCCCCGGCGACUUUGCGGGUCAUUUCUCUCCGACCCGGCCGCCGGUUCAUCUCCUUCCUCGUUGGUUUGCUUGUGGCUAUCUCCUCCCGGCCCAGGGACGCCGCCGCUUGCCGGCCGCCAGACUAGGCCCGAGCCGUGGGCUCCUGGAGACCCGAAGGGCCAGACGCAGGGCAGAGCUGUAGAGAAAACUGCCUUGAAGGAAAGCAGGGAGUCCAGGGCUGUUUGACCCAGCUGGUGGUUCCAGGGUAAGGCGAGCAAAGUUCGCAGCGUCGCCCAGUCGAUCCCAGAAUUCGGUGCGCGACGCCGGUGGGGCCGGAACUGCUGGCUGAGCCUCCGGUGCGCGAGGCGCCGAGCCUCCCCGGAGCAAGUCCGGCCGCCGUCGCUUCAGUGGCACUGAACUCCGCGGGCGUGAGGAAUCCCUGCAGCUUUGCGGAUGAGGAGGUCCUUGUAGGGUUCGGGACCGAAGACGUUCUUGUCACGUUUGGGGUCUGAGGAGGUUCCUGUCAGUUUGGGAGGCGUGAAGAGAUUCUCCCAUCGUCCAGAGAGGACGCGCCUGCUGCCGCCUCCAGCUCCCCUCCCCUGAGACGCUUACGAGCCUGGCCUGCCAGAGUGCUCCAAGGCCAGGCGAAGAUGGCCUCGGUGCCCGUGUAUUGCCUCUGCCGGCUUCCUUACGAUGUGACCCGCUUCAUGAUUGAGUGUGACUUGUGCCAGGACUGGUUUCAUGGCAGUUGUGUUGGUGUUGAAGAGGAGAAAGCUGCUGACAUUGACCUGUACCACUGUCCCAACUGUGAGGUGUUACAUGGGCCCUCCAUUAUGAAAAAACGCCGUGUAUCUUCAAAAGGGCAUGAUACACACAAAGGGAAACCAGUGAAGACUGGAAGCCCAACAUUCAUUCGAGAGCUUCGGAGCAGGACCUUUGACAGCUCAGAUGAAGUGAUUCUGAAGCCCACUGGAAGUCAGUUGACCGUGGAAUUCUUGGAAGAGAAUAGCUUCAGUGUGCCCAUCCUCGUCUUGAAGAAGGAUGGCUUGGGGAUGACUCUGCCCUCAGCAUCAUUCACUGUGAGGGAUGUGGAACACUAUGUUGGUUCUGACAAAGAGAUUGAUGUGAUUGAUGUGACUCGUCAGGCUGACUGCAAGAUGAAGCUCGGUGAUUUUGUGAAAUAUUAUUACAGUGGGAAGAGGGAGAAAGUCCUCAAUGUCAUUAGUUUGGAAUUCUCCGAUACCAGGCUUUCUAACCUUGUGGAGACACCCAAGAUUGUUCGGAAGCUUUCAUGGGUGGAGAACUUGUGGCCGGAGGAGUGUAUUUUUGAGAGGCCCAAUGUGCAGAAGUACUGCCUUAUGAGUGUGCGGGAUAGCUAUACUGACUUUCACAUUGACUUUGGCGGCACCUCAGUCUGGUACCAUGUGCUCAAGGGUGAGAAGAUCUUCUACUUGAUUCGCCCAACAAAUGCCAACCUGACUCUCUUUGAGUGCUGGAGCAGCUCCUCUAACCAGAAUGAAAUGUUCUUUGGGGACCAGGUGGACAAGUGCUACAAGUGUUCUGUGAAGCAAGGACAGACACUUUUCAUUCCUACAGGAUGGAUCCAUGCUGUGCUCACCCCCGUGGACUGCCUUGCCUUUGGAGGGAACUUUUUACACAGCCUUAACAUCGAAAUGCAGCUCAAAGCCUAUGAGAUUGAGAAGCGGCUGAGCACAGCAGACCUCUUCAAGUUCCCCAACUUUGAGACCAUCUGUUGGUAUGUGGGAAAGCACAUCCUGGAUAUCUUUCGAGGUUUGCGAGAGAACAGGAGACACCCUGCCUCCUACCUGGUCCAUGGUGGCAAAGCCCUGAACUUGGCGUUUAGAGCCUGGACAAGGAAAGAAGCUCUGCCAGACCAUGAGGAUGAGAUCCCAGAGACAGUGCAGACUGUACAGCUCAUUAAAGAUCUGGCUAGGGAGAUCCGCCUGGUGGAAGAUAUCUUCCAACAGAACGUUGGGAAGACGAGCAGUAUCUUUGGGCUGCAGAGGAUCUUCCCAGCCGGCUCCAUUCCCUUAACCAGGCCAGCCCAUUCCACUUCAGUGUCCAUGUCCAGGCUGUCACUGCCUUCCAAAAAUGGUUCAAAGAAGAAAGGCAUGAAGCCCAAGGAUCUCUUCAAGAAGGCAGAGCGAAAGGGCAAGGAGAGUUCAGCCUUGGGGCCUGCUUGCCAGUUGAGCUAUAAUCUCAUGGACACGUAUAAUCAUCAGGCACUGAAGACAGGCUCUUCCCAGAAAGCAAAGUUCAAUGUCACUGGUACCUGCUUGAAUGACACUGAUGAUGAGUCGCCAGACGUGGAUCUUGAUGGGAAUGAGGGCCCGCUGGCACUGUUGAUGUCUAAUGGCAGUACCAAGAGGGUAAAAAACUUACCCAAGUCUCGGCGAGCCAAGAUUGCAAAAAAGGCAGACAAAGCUAGGCAGGUGGCAGACCAGGUGCUGGAGGAUAGAUUUGACUUGGAUUCAGAUGAUGAGCUGCAGAUUGAUGAGAGAUUGGGGAAGGAGAAGGCAACCCUGAUGAUAAGACCAAAAUUUCCUCGAAAGUUGCCCCGUGCGAAGCCUUGCUCUGACCCCAACCGAGUUCGUGAACCAGGAGAAGUUGAGUUUGACAUUGAGGAGGACUAUACAACAGAUGAGGACAUGAUAGAAGAGGUUGAAGGCAAGCUUGGGAAUGGGAGUGGAGCUGGUGGAAUUCUUGAUCUGCUCAAGGCCAGCAGGCAGGUGGGGGGACCUGACUAUGCAGCUCUCACCGAGGCCCCUGCCUCUCCCAGCACUCAGGAGGCCAUCCAGGGCAUGCUGUGCAUGGCCAACCUGCAGUCCUCAUUGUCCUCACCGGCUACCUCUAGCCUGCAGGCCUGGUGGACCGGAGCACAGGACCGAAGCAGUGGGAGCUCCAGCAGUGGGCUGGGCACAGUGUCUAGCAGUCCUGCUUCUUCCCAGCGCACCCCAGGGAAGCGGCCCAUCAAGCGGCCAGCAUACUGGAGAACAGAGAGUGAAGAGGAGGAAGAGAACGCCAGUCUGGAUGAACAGGACAGCUUGGGAGCGUGCUUCAAGGAUGCAGAGUAUAUUUACCCUUCCCUGGAAUCUGAUGAUGAUGACCCUGCUUUGAAAUCUCGACCCAAGAAAAAGAAGAAUUCAGAUGAUGCUCCAUGGAGUCCUAAAGCCCGUGUGACCCCAACUCUACCAAAGCAGGACCGUCCUGUGCGUGAGGGGACCCGGGUAGCUUCCAUUGAGACAGGAUUGGCUGCAGCAGCUGCAAAGCUGGCCCAGCAGGAGCUACAGAAAGCCCAAAAGAAGAAAUAUAUCAAGAAGAAGCCUUUGUCAAAGGAGGUAGAACAGCCUCGCCCUCAGGAGUCCAACCUCAACAUGGCAGCACCAGCCCCAACUCUGGCCACUACACCCCAGCUUCUCACCUCCUCCUCACUCCUGCCUCCUCCUGAGACUAAACAAGAGGCUCUCUCAGGAAGUCUUGCUGACCACGAGUAUACUGCUCGUCCCAAUGCCUUUGGCAUGGCCCAGGCAAACCGCAGCACCACACCUAUGGCCCCUGGUGUCUUCUUGACCCAGCGGCGCCCUUCAGUUGGCUCCCAGAGCAACCAAGCAGGACAAGGAAAGCGCCCGAAGAAGGGCCUGGCCACAGCCAAGCAGAGACUCGGCCGUAUCCUGAAAAUCCACAGAAAUGGCAAAUUACUUCUGUGAGACCCCUGUAACCUGCCUCUCACCCCUUCACCCCCAUUGCCUUCUCCAUUGUCAACUCUUGGGGCACUCCUGGAUCCUAUCUGCCCCAGACAAGGUGCUGAGGCGCAUUGUCCUGCUUUCUUGGAACUGACCAAAGCAUGGACUCCCCCACAGUCCCUUCACUGACUCCUCCAACUUCCUCCCCUACUUCCACUAGAGCAUCCUGCCUUCCUUCUCCAUACCUCUGAGUGAGAGGUGAAUGGGAGAGGUUUCCAGCUGACUGGAACCCUCUUUUCUGCUUUUCCAACCCAUUUCCCUUUCCCUGGCCUUGUUUGCCCUAUAUUCUCAUCCCCAUCUAGAGCUGGAAGGCAGGAUAAGGAAAGCCUGAGCCCCUUAGUAUUUCCCUGAUCAUGAAGCAGGAGGCCCAGUACUGAACCUUCUGCAACUCCAGCCCUGAGUCCAGAAGCCUGCCCACCUCUGCCCAUUCUUCCUUCCCCUUCCUCCCCCCUGCCCAGUGGACAUGCCCCACUCCAGACUUGUUCCUGAGAAAAGGAUCUGGCCUCCAUCUCUUCUUGCCAAAUGCUUCACAGAAAUAAGAAUGAGAGCCCAGAGUCUUACUGCCCCACUAUGGGCCAUUUCCAGAGGCGUCCUAGGAAGUCCAUGGGCUAACUUCACUCAUCUUUGGGAAGAAGAGAGAUUCCUGUCACUUCUCAAGGUGGGCAGAGGACCAAUGCCCAAGUCUCUGACCAUGACUUUGUAGUCCAUUGGAAGUAACUACUUUUGGGAGACUACAGAUGAAGGGCCCCUGUCCCAGGGUGAGCUCCAGGGAUUUGCCUGAACUUUUGAGGACCUGCAAAACAUUAUCCACAUGGCUAUGGCUGGGACCCAGCAGCUGAAAAACCAUCUCCUUAAAGGUCUGAAGGCACCUGCCACUGAAGCAGAUAACCCUGGCCCUACAUCCUAUUCCCUUCAUCUGUACUAUAGAACACAGUCUGGAGGGGAUGUGACUGGACAGCUCAUCCCUGGGUUCUCUAUCAGGAGCCUCCAUGCUUCUUUUUCCAUGUGAGAUUUUGGUAUGGAGAAGAACUCAGAACUCACAUCUUUACUCCUGGGCCUUUGUGCUCCCAGACGUCAUGUCAAUGCUCAGAGUACACAUGGGCCACUGGGAGCCCAAGCCUAGGAGAGGAGAUACCCCACCCAUCUGUAAAGGUGCAGAUUAUCUGAUUCUCCCCUUCCCCUCUUCCCUUUGUGGACAUGUCUGUUGUCCAGACAGUGCCCACCUUUCACCCAAUCUCCCACCCCCAGCUCCCUCCUCCUUGGCCUCUCUUACCACCCUGGCAACAUGGACUGGAUGGCAAAUGCCUGCCUCUCUUCAUUUUGGACUGCCCAAGUGGAGUGUAUCCUUGCCUUUUACCCCUGACUCCAACCUCACCCCAGUUUGCCCAGUGCUUCUGGGAACUUAACAGCUACCAUGCAGGCCACAGGGAGUAUGUGAGGCUUCCCUUGUUGUCUUUAUCUCCAGUAUGUCUUUCCUUGCAGCCCCACAUCUCUUCUUCCUUGGAAUCAGGGGGUCCCUUGGCCCUAUUUGCUUUUUCUAUCUUGGGGACCCUAGGGGCCAUGCAGUCCUUCAUCUAGUCACACCAAAGGCAAAAAGCCUGGCUACCUCCCCCCUAGCACAUGAGGUCCCUACUCUCCUCCCCUCUGUUACUGCCCAGUUUUUGAUUUUCUUGGGGAUUUCAAGGCAGCAGAGGGUAGUGAGGGGAGGGGAAGGGGGCAGCCUGUGUCCCUGUAUAGACAACUGCCUGACUAGGCCCUGACUGCUGUAACCAAGACCAGGAUUCUAGCCCUUCGUCCCUUUAACACACCCCCACCCCUUGAUCUUUCAAAGGCAGCUAAUUGCUAGCAAAUCCCCCUGGUUCCAGGCCUCUUUCCCCUCUCUUGCUUUGUUAGGAGUUUCUGUGGAGCUGAAGCCCAACCUCCAGUUGACUGGGUUUCCAUUUAGUUUAAUUGGGCUCUCAGAGCCUCCUGUUUGUUGUUUUGUGUUUUGAAUGAAAAGCAGGUUUACCCUCAGAGUUAUGCUUUUCCAAAGAGGCUAGUGUGUUUUUUUUUGUGUGUGUGUGUGUGUGUGUUUUUUAAUGUUUCAGGUUCUAAGUGAAGUGAGUUAGGGAGGGGUUGGGAGUGGUAGUAACCAACCACGGUUUGGAACAUGGUGAAAGAGUUUCCUUUGGUCUCCAAUCCCCCAGCACGGAGCUGGGGGUUGGAUAGGGGGCAGGGAGAGAGGAUUUCUAUUCACCUUUAAUAUAUUUUUACAAAAAAAGGCGAACAAUUUAAAAACAAGCCCACCUCUUCUGUACAUGUCUAAAUAUAUUUUUAGAAGUGGGUAGUAUUGUGAAUUUCUGAUGCAGGACCUUUUUAUAAACAGGUUAGAAUAGCAUCAUACAGACUUCUCUGUUUUUUUUUCCUGUUUUUUUCUUAUGUUGUGUUACUAAUGUAAUUUAUAUUUUUUUUAGAUCCCCCGUUUCCUAUAGAGAUAAAAGUGAUUUAUCU